UUAGGAAUGAUGGAUGGGACCAAUGAGAGCACCCAAGAUGAAUUUAUCCUUCUAGGAUUCUCUGACAGGCCCCAGCUUGAGGUAGUCCUUUUUGUGGUCAUCUUGAUUGCCUAUCUCCUGACAGUAGUGGGUAACACAACCAUCAUCCUACUCUCCCAAAUAGACUCUCGCCUUCAUACGCCAAUGUAUUUUUUUCUUACCCACCUCUCUUUCCUGGAUCUCUGCUUCACCACCAGCUCCAUCCCACAACUGCUCUAUAACCUGAGUGGUCCUGAUAAAACCAUUAGCUACACUGGCUGUGCUAUUCAGCUUUUCUUGUUCCUAGCUCUGGGUGGUGUAGAAUGUCUCCUCCUAGCUGUAAUGGCAUAUGACCGUUUUGUUGCUGUCUGCAAACCCCUUCAUUAUAUGGUGAUUAUGCAUCCAAAACUCUGCUUGGGACUAGUUUCCAUUGCCUGGUUUGGUGGUGUGUCCAACUCUUUGACUAUGUCCCCUAUAACUCUGAAACUGCCCCGUUGUGGACACCACAAGGUGGACCAUUUCUUGUGUGAAAUGCCAGCACUGAUUAGACUGGCUUGUGUAAAUACUGUUUUCAUUGAAGGCACUGUAUUUGUGCUGGCAGUGGUUAUUGUAUUGACACCCUUAGUCCUUAUUCUGGUCUCCUAUGGCUAUAUCACCCAAGCGGUCACACAGAUCAAGUCAGCAGCAGGGCGACGAAAGGCCAUCAACACCUGCAGCUCCCAUCUCAUUAUAGUCUCCCUCUUUUAUGGCAAUAUUAUCUAUAUGUACAUGCAACCAGGGAACAGUGCCUCUCAGGACCAGGGCAAGUUCCUUACCCUCUUCUACAAUAUAGUGACUCCACUUCUCAACCCAAUCAUCUAUACAUUGAGAAAUAAGGAAGUGAAGGGGGCACUGAGGAGGCUUCUGGGAGUGAACAAAGGAUAA